CCAACAUGGUGGUAGGUGCCUUCUAUCCCCCCCGCGAAACCCCAUUACUUUUAAAGCAACAGCAAAGAAAGAAAGUAUUACGUGAAUUGUUUAUACGAAGUAUGUUGUAAUGGCAGCAAGUGAACUACCGCCUUAUCCUCUAAUGCGGCAUAUGAUUCUGCGGGGAUUUAAGGUGCCUGUUGUUUUUAAUAGGUUCAUUGAGGAUUGGGAAAUACUGUCAUGGAGUUUGGAUACGUGGGCAGAAAAAUUGGAUGAACAGGUUCUUACAUUUCGAUCAGGUGUUCGAAAAAGCACGAAAGUUCCGCAAUGGGAAGGAUUGUGUAAAAAAAUAAAUUUAACUAUGAAGGAAUUUGUUGAGUUGGAAAAAAGUGAUUCAAAGAAAGAAGAAAAUGUAUGUGGUGAAGAAUGCAGUAGAUGGAUGUACUUUGAUUACAAGUACAUGAAUGAAUGGUUUUCUGACCAUCAGAGCCUUCUAAAUGCUGUGUCAUGGAAAAACUUUGGUUUCCCAGAGAGAGAAGGUUCAGUUUCAACAAUAUGGAUUGGAAAUGAUGGAGCACACACUCCAUGUCACUUGGACACGUACGGCUGUAACUUAGUGGCACAGGUGUAUGGUAGGAAACAAUGGAUUUUAUUCCCACCUGAGAGAACCUCAUCAUUGCUGCCAACUCGAACUCCAUAUGAAGAAUCAAGUAUAUAUAGCAACUUAAAUUUCUACAGUCCAGACCCAAACAUGGCAGAUGAACUGCAAGAAGCUUGUGUGGUGACUCUGAAACCUGGAGAUGUGCUGUUUGUGCCUCAUCACUGGUGGCAUUAUGUUGAAAAUGUUGGAACAGCAGUGAGCGUCAAUUCCUGGAUCCCACUCCCAUCAGAUGAUGAAAGUAGACUUGAAGAGGCCCUUGUCAGAUUCUUUGUAUCACAAGUCUGUAAGGAUCUGCCGGAGCAUAAACUGCAUCAGCUGCUCAACCCAAAUGAAGCAGAUUUGGUAGAUCAUCCACUUUCCAUCACAGCACAACAAAUUGAAAUAUGUGUAGAUGAGUGUCAGCAGAAUAGAACUUCUGUCAGGGAAAUGGAUCCAGGUGUUGGUGAUCAAGAUGAUGAUACAAAUGUAAAGAAGAGGCCUAGGUUAGCCGGACAAUCUGAUGUGUAUGAUUGUGGACAAACAUUGGCAUCAAGUAACUUGACUCAAGAAGAGGUUCUUAACAAGUUCAAGGAUGUCAUAAGUGUUGUACCAAAGUAUUCUGCAUCAGAGUUCAGAAGUUUACUUAUUGAAAAACAGAAAUCAUUUUCUGCACAGGCUGUAGAGGACGUGUUAUCAGAAGGUGCAACUGAUGUGGACAGUAACAGACUGCAGCAUAUAAUAAAUGCCUUUUGUCACCCUGAAGUAAUUUCAAAAAUAAAAGAUAAAAUUUUAAUACAGGAAUGACUGAAUGCCAUGAAUGAUCCUAACAAAAGAUACAGAUAUUGUAUUACAGUGCAUAAUUAAAAAAUAGGUCUGUGACUUACUAAUGAUUCAAUGUUGAUAUAUAUGGAAAUUUUUGUCUUCUUCUUUAUUUAGAAUGAUAAAUAUGGUUGUGUGAAUUAUGUAAUGAAAUGUAGUUUGAGCUAUGUUUCCAUUCUUGCAGGUGUUAACUUUACAAAGCUAUCAGCAUAACAUUUCACCUCAUAGUUAUACCUAAUCUGUUCUUGUUCAGUCUAUGAUUUACUUUGUUUAGUCAUGUAACCUUAUUCUUUGUACUCACCUUGGUUGUGUAGGCUUUCUGCCCAUGCUUAAACUUGGAUUUUUCAUUCUGUUACCGGUUUACGUAUGCUGGUUUUAAACAUUUGAAGUUCUAAUUGUAUUCAUAAAUGUGCUAAAUAACAUUUUAAUUUAACUA